ACUGCGUUUGGGUGUUUACUCUCCAACUUCGUCUCCGUUGGUGUUUUGAGGAGCCGCCGUGACCUGUUUUUGUUGGGAGCGGAACCUUCUCCGGCGAAUCGAUCAAUUUGGGAAAUUCUGAUCCUGAGGUUAUGGAAUCCAUGGAAGCAGCUCCAUCUCCUCCUUUUCAAUCUCCCUCUCGUUCCAGUCAACAACAGUUGCAUUUCUACCUCGCCGUGGAUCGUCCCCAAUUCAAAAUGGAGACAGUAGUGGAAUUGUUGGGGGUUUUAGGUCGUCGUACAUGGCUUCCCAUUGUAGUUUGUUGCAGCUCUCGUGAUGAACUUGACGCACUCUGCUCUUCUUUAUCCACCCUUCCUUACAUUUCAUUAGCCGCUUUGUACAGCGAUCUGGCAGAGAGAGAACGAGCUAUGGUUAUAGAGAAAUUCAGGCAAGCAACAAUCAACUGGAACCAGCAACUUAGCUCUGUAGUAGAAGAAGGUUUGGACGAGAGUGAAACUGGUAAAGAAGAGAAUAAAUCUCAUUUGGUUGUUGUGGCCGAUGUUUGUCUUCCGUUACUCUCAUCUGGAGAAUCUCCUCUUUCCGCACGCGUUCUUAUAAACUAUGAGCUUCCUACAAAGAAGGAAACAUAUUCAAGGCGUAUAACAACUUGCUUAGCUCCAGGUGGUAUUGUCAUAAACAUGGUUGUUGGAGGUGAAGUCACGACUCUCAAAAGCCUCGAAGAAAGCAGCGGCAUUAUCAUCGCAGAGAUGCCAAUCAAUAUUUCUGAAAUCUUGUAACAUUGCCAUGGAUACCGUCUUUAACAACUCUUGAACUUCUCAAAUUACGGGGUUACGGGACUUCUCAAGAGAAACCAUUAGUCUGUGACAAGGCAGAGAGAAGUUGUCUCUCUCUCUCUCUCUCUCUCUGCUGCACCUUUAGCUCUAUUGAGUUGAUCACCUUUGUCUAAAACGCUGCGUUUUGACAGUUUAAUCUAUCAUGCAAGAAAAACCGAACAUUUGGAUAAAGGCAGAAGCUACCUACAUACGUGAUUGUCAUUACAGUUGAAUCACGGUUAUUAUGUAACUAUCAAAUUUAUAAUCUUGUCAGAUUUGUUUUAUACGUGUUAGUUUCUAUAAAGGCUAGCAUUUAGACUCCA